CUCAAACGGCUUACCGACAUGUCGAGAGCUGUCAGAGACUGAGGUUUGUUUGCGAAAGGGACAUUGAAGGGCACGGAUUGUCCCGUGCUAGUCGACAUUCCGAUAAAAAUGACAGACGCACAGAGUUUGAGAGAAGCUAUUGAGCAGUACGAGGAACAGCUGUCUCAGGUCCAAAUAGCUCUUUCAAUUUCUGCGAGCGAUCCGGACAGAGACAAUCUCUUGAGCCUUCGCUCCGAUAUUCAAGAGCUCAUCGAUCUAACAAAAGAGAAUUUGAACAGUGUCGGAGAGUCGGGAACUAGCGGUGACAGGCGCAACGACAGUUCGGAUCAAGAUGCAGAUCCAUUAGCCAAGGAAUAUGCGCUAUUUAAAGCAGUGCUGGAAGGGAAUUUAGAAGAGUCAAACCGUGCCGAACAGACUAAAAAUCCAGAUGACGUCACGGUUGAUAUUGAAGAUGAGCUGAAAGCCCUCGAGGGUACCAAGUGCCGAGCACCUCACGGAAGUGGCUGGGGUGGCGUCAGCCACCAUAACGCCAUGGUUUGCUCCAUUCAUUCUGACGUCGAUACGCAAGUCACAAGCAUCAGCGAUAUUAAGGUCAGAGUAAUGUUCACUAAUCCGACACACAAGGAAAUGCUUCCUUGUCCAUAUUUUCUGGAUGGCGAAUGUAGGUUUUCUGACGAUCAGUGCCAUUACUCACAUGGAGAAAUCGUUCCGCUGUCUAGUUUGCAGGAAUAUAGCGAGCCCGACUUCUCAAGUAUAAAAAUGGGCACAAGAGUUUUGGCAAAACAGAAAAAUCAACUAUGGCAUAGGGCUGUUGUAUUGCAAGUGCCAAAAAGUGGAGAAGACGAAUGCCGAGUAAAAUUUGAAGCCAGUGGAACAAUCUUGGAACUUCGUCUUCACGAUUUGUUUCCUCUCAAUGACGCAGAUUUAGACAUGUCAAAUUCCUCGGAUGAUAGCGAAUGUGAGAACGACAUUGAAGAAUGUAACAAAGAUGAGAUAGUUCAGCAAUCACUACUCGCAAUUAAUGGAAAUGAAACAUUGGGUAGCUGGGAACGUUAUACACGUGGUAUGGGAAGCAAAUUGAUGGCAAGUAUGGGAUAUAUCACAGGUACUGGCCUGGGAAAGAGGGCUGACGGUAGAGUUGCGCCUGUAGAAGCGACAGUGUUACCGGCUGGUAAAUCUUUAGAUCACUGCAUGGAACUACGUGAAAAUGCAGGUGGUGACAAGGAUUUGUUCUCGGUCGAACGGAGAUUGAACAAACAACGCCGAAGAAUGGAUCAGAUACGUGAGAAACAGUAUGAAAGGGAUGUAAAACGAGAGCGUAACAAUGUUUUCAAUUUUAUCAAUGCAACUCUUGGAGAUAAGUCCCAAGAUGAAUCGAAACCUAGUAGCUCAACAGACAAAACGAAUUUGAAAGCAGAAACGAGCCAAAAGUUGAAUGUCGCAAGCCUUCAAAUUAGCGAAAACAUUCGGAGACUUGAAAAAGAUGUUUUAAAGUUGCGAGAAUCUCUAGGAAGGCAUAGUAAGGGUACUCUGCCUUACAAUAAUAUAGUACUACAGUAUAAUCAGAAACAGAAAGAGAUUGGCGAUCUAAAAGUGGCAGAAAAAAAAAUUUCCGCUGAACAAAAUCAUCGAAAAAGUAAAGCAAAGCUUACGAUAUUUUAGCAAGAUUGUAUAAUACAUUGUUUUUCACAACAAACGCGUGUUCCUCGACUUUUUGAUUUAGACAAGUCCUUGGCUAAUUUAAAAAUAAACAAAAUUGUAGAGAAUUUUCACAAGCUCCUGAUGUACGUAACUUAUAGUUCUAAUUUGCCAAUUGCCAAUUCUACAUGAGUAACAUUACUUGCAAAUCUUAAGCUCAGAUAGUUGUUACUAAAAAGUCAAUUUAUCAACUAGUGAAAUGUGAGAUUGAGUUUAUACAUGUUGUGUAGAAUAACAUUUUCAGUUACACACGGGCAAUGUUUCAUCUGUCAUGGAUUUCCCAUAAUUUCUUACAGCAGCAAAUUUUUGCAAUAUAAACAUCAAACGCAAUCAAUAGAUUUUU